UCAACAGUCGGAGAAGAAUUUUAAUUCCGAGGGCCGUCAUAACGGAAAAAAAGUGCCUCCGACUUCCUUGGCUCACCCCCAAGAAAGUUCCAGUCCUUCUACCCUCCUACACAAAGCCCAAAAUGCCGGCCAUGGAGACUCUCCAUUCCCUUCCAAAAAUACCCUUAUCUUCGAUUUUCUCAAUCGAAACUCACAUGGCCCAAAAAACUUCUGUAAAGCUCAGAACAAUGGUCAAAUCCCAUCAAAAUCGCUGAAAAAACAUGCAUUCAAAGUCACAAUUCCCCUUCCUAUCUUUUCUUUUCCCAAUCCAGACCGCUCGAUUCGUCACCCGCAGGAGAACGCCGUCGAAUUACGACCAAAGGAGUGGCAUUUUUGGAAAAUUGAUGGCGAAUUUCGUCGCAGAGAAGCUGAUGCUCUCGAAGCUGAGAACUGUCAGAUGGGUCACGCUGUUCUUGGGAUUUUCCAACAUGGGUGUGAUUGUUCUUGGUGGGAUUCUGAUGAUUUGGGUCUUUCCGGGAUGCAGCAGGGGACAGAUCCUGCCAUUCGUGGUGGUAGCUGUGGUGGCGGGCAUCAGGAUCAUGUCGAUGAUUGGGACGGGUAUCGCGCAGGAAGCGACGGCCACAACGAUCCUCGGCCAGCAGCAGGCCGAGAGCGCUGCCGUUGAUGCAGUUAUCCGCCACGAGAGACGGAUAAGGUAUAAGAGGUGGUUAUGGUGGACCCGGUUUGGAAUAGUGAUAACUAUAUUGCAAUUUGUUGCGGUGACUUAUUUGAUGUUCAUCAUAGUGAAAUAUGUUUCUUAUGAUGGCAACUCAAGCGGCUGCUUUUUAGGGAAGGAUACAGACAGCAAUGGGUGGAAGUAUAGUUUGUUGAUCUUUUUCCUUAUCCUGGCCUGGCUUCUUGUCAUCACACAAUGUUUCACGGGAUCUGAUGUGUUAAGGUGGAGGUCCUUCUAUGCAACUCAUGAUCAUGCAUGGAAAGCUCAUUACCGGGAGGUGUUUGAUUAUGGAAUACGAGAGGUUUUGUGCUGUCUAGGGCGUGCAAAAUACUUGAGUGUUUUGGAGGAAGAUGAGGUCCAUUCUGUGGCAAGACUAUUGGGUGAUCUUGUAGCUUAUCGUGCUUCGGGCACCGGGCAUUUGGAACUUUUGGCAGGGCUUGCACUGCUGCAAAGGCAUAGGCAGUCAACCAAUUUAUGUGAAGAGCUUAUGGAGGCACCUGAAUCACAGAUUCGAGAGGCUGUCACCUUUCAUCCAUUUGCUGAAGCUGCUUACACAGGACCACUACUUGAUGUUGGAAGAAAUCCCAUACUAUUUCCUUGUGCAUGGCUCUGGAGACAAGGCGUGUUGACACCUUGGAGCCGUAACAGGCGGCCCAUACUUGAAGGUGAUAAUUGGUGGCGAGGCCAUGCAGCUGCCUUUCUGAAAUAUGUUAACUUAUCCCCUGAAGCACUUCGGCGAGGUCGUGUUUAUCAGGCAAAGCGUGAAGCUGCAUACUUUGUUGUGGUUCUACAUCAUCUAAGAACUGUGGUGAUUGCUGUACGUGGAACUGAAACUCCUGAAGACCUAAUUACAGAUGGUCUGUGCAGAGAAUGUCCCCUCCUAACAGAGGAUGUGGAUGGGCUGAUAAAUAGUGAGCAUAUAUCAUCUGACGUGAGGCAAAGUGUUCUCUCGUCUUUUCCACACUAUGGGCAUUCAGGAAUAGUUGAAGCUGCACGAGAGCUGUUUGUGCAAAUAGAUGGACAGGUUGGAGAUGAAGGUGAUUUCUCAUCUGGGACCACUGGGUUCCUUUCUUCAUUGCUGGGAGCUGGAUGUGAGUGUCAAGGCUACAGUGUUCGCAUUGUGGGUCAUUCCUUAGGUGGUGCUAUUGCUACAAUGUUGGGACUGAGGUUGUACCGUCGGUACCCAAACUUACAUGUCUACGCAUAUGGAACCCUUCCAUGCGUUGACUUCGUCAUAGCCGAAGCAUGUUCCAGCUUUAUCACGAGCAUUGUAUAUAAUGAUGAAUUCUCAUCACGCCUUUCUGUUAGCUCAAUCCUCAGGCUUCGUGCAGCUGCUAUAGCAGCCCUGUCACAAGAUUCCUCAACCAAUUCUGCCAUGGUAUGCAAUUUCGCCCGACGGAUUCUGAAUUUAAAUAAGUACGAAGGGAGUGAAGAGAAUGGAAGGACACCGAAUCCAUCUUUUCAUGUGGGGGGUGCAACAGCCGAUGACUGUAACCACAUGUAUAGGAGGAGGCACUAUAAGUACGCUGUUAAAGGUGGGGUUUUCCUAUGUGCUCAUGCAGUUUCUUGCAUAAUGAAUAUGCCUAAUCAUCGCACAUCUUCUCUCGUAACGGAUAAGGAGUGUGAGCUCUCGUCAGAUAUAGCUUUAGAAACCAAAGGUGUCUCUGAUAAAAACAACUCUGCGUUCAAUGCAGGGGUUGACGAACCGGGUCAGCAACUUCUCGUUCAGGAACCCACGGCUUCCUUCAGUGAUGACCCAGUUUCUGAGAUUCUGAAAGAUGGAUUUGAUGAAUACAGCCACAGCAACAUGGAGAGUCCUUAUUCUGACAUCACGAGAGAUGGUCUUGAUAAUAAAUUCAAUAAAGACGCCAAUGAUUUGAUUGCCACAUGUAUUCAGCCGAGCUUCUCUGAUGGAAUCUCAGUUGGAGGUUCCGUGUCUCAGUUGGCGGAUGGCGUCUCAUCAUCAGUCGAGGUGUUGAAUGGAGAACACCCGGAGAUGUUUCUGCCUGGCCUUGUUAUUCAUAUGGUACCAGAAAAGAGGAGCCUUUUGCCUUUAUGGAAGAGCUGGAAUCUUCAUGACAGGGAGCAUAGAUAUCGAGCUUAUUUAGCGAAUAGGGAAAGGUUCAAGGAUAUGAUCGUAUCACCAUAUAUGUUCCUCGAUCACCUACCUUGGAGAUGUCUGUAUGCUAUGCAGAGGGUACUGGAGACCCACAAGGCUCAGCAAGGUCAGCUUGAUGCUGAUUUACCAAACGGAUCUCAUAUUGUGUGAGGACGGUUUGUAUGAGGAUUUCAUUUCUCUAAUACCUGAGAUCACAUUGGAUGUAAAGAUCUACCGGCGACAUGGUUGAGUGCGAGAACCUUGAAGUCGGGAGUAUGUUGUGCAAUGGGUGCCACUAUGCUAUGCAAAGGGUCACAAUGGACUAUUGAAUCUGAUUUCUACAUGACCGUUCUACCUCAAGAAACAUAAAAGAAAAGGGAGGAAGAAAAGAAAAGAAGAAAGAGAAGCAGAAAUGAUUGGUGAUGGAGGAAUUAAUUUCCACGUGUAAAAUAUCUGGUUCAAGCAAUAUCAGCUGACUUUUUAAUUCAUCUGAGAUAAAUGAUCUCAUACAACAGUUCUUGAGUUUUAAGCUCAUGUAUGGGAGUAAUAAAAAAAAGAAAAAGAAAAA